CAAGUUUGGAAUUCCAAAUUUUUAUUACUCUGAAAACGAAAAUGUACCAACUUGAAUUCUGCUUCAGUUAAGUUAAGACUUACAGUGAAUACGGCAAAAUUAUGGUUGGAGGAUCAGUAAGUGGAAAAACAUUCAAACCUGAUCCAUCUUCAUAUGAGGCGACUGGUAUUCCUUGCGGUAAUCCGCGCCGUUAUAAAAACCGUUCAGUCAUGCGUAUGAUACCGAACAAAAAUGUUCCAUACGAAAAUCAGCAAUUGGGGGCGCCCGGUAAGGGAACAAUAUCGGAGGCAGAAGACCACUUGCAAGACAUGCUAAAGACGCAACUGGACACGAAAGUCUCACUUAACAGAGCAUCGAAGAAACGAAAGUUGUUCACGGAGCCGGUUGUUUACGACUCUUCACAGGAAAAAGCCAGUGGAUUCAUGACGUUGAGCAACUACAACAAAUUUGACGUUUUGAAAGAAAAAGAAGCUGAGCUAACUGGCAUGGGGCUGACAAAAGACGAAGUCAAGCUGAAAAUGGUUGACUGUGGUCUCCUUAACGAGGAUUGCGUCCAAAGUAACUAUGGGGUAAAUCCCGAAGUUGAAAAAGACAGACGCGUUGCAAUUCAAGAGAAAAUACAAAGGAAGAAAGAAAGUCUUUCUCAACAGACAACCUUCUCCAACGUGCGAACAAUGAGUCGCCAUGCCAUGGAAGUUGAGCAAUCCUUAAAUAAAGGAACUGAAAAGUCGAUGGCGUUUUCUCAUUUACUUCAUUCAAGCCAAAAAUUCGAUCCUGCCCUUGACGCGGUCUUGAAAGAGUUUGAAAAAAGAAGCGUAUCUCAAAAGGUUGAUGGGGAAAGCGAUAUGGGUGUCGAUGGGGAAGACGAGUCCGAUGGCUGUACAGAUGAAGACGAAAGAAUCAUUCCAUUAGAUGAAGAGGUGAUCAAGCGACAUCGUUUAACGUUGAACGAGAUUCGUGCUCUGCCCCGGUUUAAAGAAUACGAGCCAGGCAUCCCUUCAAGGGUUUUAUACAUCAAAAACCUCAGUAAGAAAGUUACAGACGCCGACCUUAAAGCUCUGUUCAACCGAUUCAUAGACGAGAGCUGUGCUGUAAACAUUCGGCUGAUGAGCGGACGCAUGAGAGGACAGGCAUUCGUUACGUUUGAAGAUAAGAGCAUCGCCAUUGCUGCAUUUGAAUUAAUAAAUGGUUAUCAGCUUUAUGAGCGAACUGUUGUCAUUCAGUAUGGCAAGAACGACAAGUUCGGUGACAAGUAAAACCAAAGAAAUACAAAUGUGAAGUUUCCCAAAACGACGUGCGUUACGUCUUUGGUCAGAAGCAACAUUGUCUUCGUGCUUACUAAAAAGAAGCGAGUCGAUUUUGAUCAGGACAACCAUCCCGUCACGUUUUGGUCACGUCAGGUCCCGGUGAUAACAACAUGACCGUGAAUGGUGAGUCAGUAUUUCAACUAUGCUCUUAUAAAGAUGCUUUAAAAUUCUUCAAACAGAAACUAGAAUGUGUUUUGUGUCAUGCUGAACGGAUGAAAUAGCUACUUCACGAACGUGCAGGUUUUCUGUGCAAGAUUUCUGUCUUUGCCGCUUGCGUGUGGUGUGUACGGCUAGGAUUCUCGGCUCUUUUAUAUAAUCACCCGAAAGUGCACUUUUUAUGAUAAGUAUGUCGUUGAUAAAUAUCGUAGCUAUAACGUUUAAAGAACAUCGUUCACCAUAAAUGCAAGUCGCGUGACGUCAUCCCUACGUGUUAGCUAUAACAUGCCAUUGCACUUAAUGACCAAUCAAGUUGCUCGUUUUCACACCCUGUUUAAUCGAAUAACAAAACGUAUUUGAAUUUAAUCGUCAACUUAUCUAUAUACUCCGAUACAUUUUACAACAUUUUUUCAUACAUUCCUAUGCCUAUAUGUGUAAUAAAUGAAAGCAUUAAACAGUUCACUUUCUAUGAUGUGCAUUUGUGCCCACAAGCUACGACACAGUUGUUCCUCAUGUAAGCUUCGAAGAUUUUAUGGGUGCAAAAGCCAUUUGACUUCCAUUGCUUGCAGUUUUGAUUUUUGUCCUUGCAAACUAUAUUGUGAAAAAAUUAAUGCAUUUUGUUUACAAAUAAAUUUAUCUGGUAUGCAAAAUUUCUACUGUAGACUACAGGCACAGAAUAGACAUCUAACAGAAGGCCCACUCGGCUAAAUCGUGGCGUAUUUUUUCACUACGCAUGCGUGACUUCCCAGCAAGAUACUUUCACAAAAUCAAUAUGGAAUAGUAUUGCACCAGAAUGUUAUAUUACUAAUAAUUCACGUUUAAAGCACAAGUUUGCCGUUAUUUUUACAAAGAGUUAUCAUCUUGCGAAGGAGAUAAGGUUUCAAGCUUUUGUAGUGCAAAACGAUAUAUUUGUAAAAACAUUUAUAUUUUCUAUUGCGAUCUAGCUGAAGUAUCUUGCUGGAACGCGUGUCUGCUUAGAAAUUGCUUCAGAAAAGUAGGGGACACGAACAUCAAAGGUUCCGACACGAGUGGACCUUCUGUUAUGAUAUCUAUUCUGUGCUAAAGGUGUCCAAAAAAAACCUGGAACCCGCAUAUAUUAAUUAUAAAUUGGCUGAAAUUAAUAUUCACAAUAAUGUAAUUAGCAUUCACAACAGUUUAGAGUCUGCGCCUCUGAGAUUUCAUAAGGUUUGCACAGUAUUAGUAAAGAAAAACAAGUUAAAAUUUAAAAGUACUGUCGUACACUGAUUUUCAUCUCAAAUUUAUUACGCAAAAUCUUUGUAAAAUCAAAGCGAUGUUAAAUAAGUAAUAACAGCCACUAAAAUGUGAUCAUGUUUUUCAUAAACUUCGACGAACAUGGACAAACUAGCGUAACUAAAUUAAACAGGCGGAAAAAAUAUCUAUGGCAGACUAAAUUAUUUCUUGCAGAUGUCAUUUUAAUGCAUACAUGAUUAUUUGCCCGGGCUCCGUUUUUUGUGCGACACCUUUUGGAACACUGAUAACUUGAACUCUUGUGGGAACGGAAAAUCGUUCUAGUUAGUGAGGUUUAAGUUGUCGCGGAUGUAGUUGACUUUUUUGUGUAUUAGGUCAGUAUACAAAAGCAUUAGCAGCUUCACUUGUCAUUUACAAUUGUAAGCUACAACAAAGCAAUAUACAGAUAGUUCAAGUGUGAUUAAAUGCUUUGAAAGAUUCGUAUUUAUAUAAUGAAAAACUCCAUAUGCUAUAUAGAUCAGUAAUCUCAAAGUUGUAACACCAUUGAGGCAAAUUGAUCAAAAUAAACAUUUGAAACUUUA